CAAUCAAAUGAUUAUGAUUCACUUGAUUCUGUUGCUUCUUCCUCAAAUUUUCAUAUUAACCAUAAUUUAAUUUUCAGUCUAAUUUAAGACUUGAAUUACUAAUUGAUAAGAAUGGAGAAUGACAUUGAACCUGUGGUUAAAUUAAACCGUGAACCCGAUUGUUGUGCUUCCCUUGGUGAAUUAAAACCAUCAACUGAUUUAACAAUUUUCUAUAAACUACCAUUAGUAUUGGAUGAUAAUCCACCAGAACCUUAUCCAGAACAAUCAACUGAUUACAUGUCAACCAUUAGAUCAAAGGAAAAUAUUGAAUAUGUUGAAAUGCCUUUUGAAUUGAAUGAUGAAUCAGCUGAUGAUCAACGACCAGGAAGACAAAGAGCUAGUCCAUGGCCUGAGAUUGUUGACAAAUUAACCACAGCAAAUAUUACAACAAUCAAGGAAUUGAUCGCAGUUAUAAAAUCUUAUAAUCAACGAUUUGAAAAACGAAACUUCAAUAUUUUAAAUCACUACUUUAAACAUGAGUUAUCCGAAGAUGAGGAAAUACAUUUCUUUGCAAAAACUUUACCAAAGAUGAUCAAAUUAGCUAUCAAAUUACCGAAACUAAUCACUCAACCAAUUCCAAUUCUCAAGAGGAAAACUAAUCAUACACUUUUCUUCAGUCAACAACAAUUAGCUUCAAUUCUGGCCAAUGGUUUUUUCUGUACCUAUCGAGAGAGACGACGAACACCAAACAGUAUAAUGCUCGACAUAAAUUUCAUCAAGUUAUUUUCGGAUCCAACUUACGGUCGAAAAACGGAAAAAUUGGCCUGUUUAUUGAACUACUUUCGACGAGUAGUACAUAAGAAACCAAAAGGAAUCGUUUCAUUUGAGCGACGUUACAUGUUACCCAAAGAGAUUCCCAAUUGGAAGAAAUUAAAUAUUAAAUUAUCAAAAAUGAUCGUCAAAUCAUCGGAAGAAUUUGACAAAAAAGGAAAAGGAAUGCUACAAAUUAACUCUACUCAUAAAUUAGUUUCCGCCGAUUAUAUGAAUUAUCGUACAUCAUUAGACUCUUAUCGUUUCGCCUCGUGUCCAGAAAUAUUGACCAUUGGUCUUUUCACUGAAGCUCUUGUGAAUAAUGAAGCGCUUGUUAUCACUGGAAUUGAGAAAUUUAAUAUUCCACCAAAAUUUAAUCAAGAUUACGAUGUUUCUGAACAUAAUUACAAAGACAAAAGGCCAUUUGACGUUUGGGGUCGACGAUAUACCAAAGUGAUUUCCAUUGACGCAAAAUAUUUUCCCGCUGAAAAGAUUGAUAAACAAUAUCAAUUAAGUUUUAUUAAUCGUGAUUUAAACAAAGUUUAUUGUGGUAUCAUGGAUCGUAAAGGAUCACCAGCAAUUAAUAGAUGUGCAAUUUAUACCAACAAUUGGGGCUGUGGUUGUAAUCGAGGUAGACCACAAUUAAAAUCGCUCAUUAUGUUAAUUGCUGCUUCAACUGCUCAACGAGAUGUACUUUAUUGUAAUACAAAUAAGUAUCAAACGUUAACUGGAUUAACCACUUUAAUUGAUAAAUUGCAUUCAAAGGAAAUCAACGUCAGUCAAUUGUACGAUUAUCUUGGACAAUUUGAUGAUUACGUUAAAACAUUAGAACCAGGGGAAACAAUUGAACCUUUGUUUGAUUUUUUGGACAAAAAAUUGGAUCAAAUUUAAUCACAAACACUUUUCAUUCAUAAUUAUUGAUCAUAUGUUUAAGUUAAAUUAUUACGUUGGAGUAAAUAAUCAAUUUUGCUGAGCCAAAUGAACCAUUUUUCAAAUUGAACAAUUAGUAAAAUUCAAUCAUUACCUUUGGUAUUGGUAAAAGUAACAAUCAAUCUAACGAAGAUCAAGUUAAUCAACAUAAAAAUUAAGAGAUAACAUUUAAUCAUUGGAACCGAAUCAAAGUCCUGAAUUUCUAAUCUUCUAUUAGGUAAACAAUUAAGUGAGAAAAAAAGAUCAUUACUAAAUUGUAUGUUCUUAUUACAAGUUAUUACAUUUAAUCAAACAUGAUUAUAAGAGUUUAUCAUGAGUAUUUUUUUUUUUGGUAUUUUGAGGUUUAUUUUUUGUCGACACCUUAAAAUAAUACAAAAAAAAGGAGAUGGAAAGACAGAAAAAGACAGAGAAAAUGAUAAUUGCAAUUGCUAUAGAAUAGAAAUCGCAAAAAUUAAAACAACUGAUUGUUACAUGAAAAAGGACAAAUUGUAGGUUUUAAAUUAAAAGAAGGAAAUGAUAGGAAACGCGCUAGAAAAUUAAAAG